GCUUCCUGUGCUCAUCAGUUUCUCUCUCCACAAGCAACCUCUGAACUCAACCGAGCGAACUCUGAACUCUGUACUCCAGAGAGAGAAGAAGAGAUGGAAGGUGAAGAUGGUACACAGCAACCCCAAUUUGUGCUCGCACACAAGCUAUUCCUACUUACCCACCCCGACGUCGACGACAUCGAGAAAGUCCGCCUACGUGAUGAGGUCUUCAACUCCGUCGUAGCCGAUGAUAUGGCUCCGUUGUACGAAACCCUAGCUGCCAAUGGUGUGUUGAAUCUGGAUCAGAAGGUACUUGAUUCGAUGCGUGCCAAGAUUGAAGAUGACCUUAAGAAGCUAGACGAAAAGAUUGCUGAUGCUGAAGAAAACUUGGGUGAAAGUGAAGUUCGAGAAGCUCAUUUGGCUAAAUCGUUGUUUUACAUUCAGAUUGGCGACAAGGAGAAGGCACUGGAACAACUCAAAGUAACUGAAAGUAAAACAGUUGCAGUUGGGCAAAAGAUGGACUUGGUUUUCUAUACGCUACAGCUUGGUUUCUUUUACCUGGAUUUUGAUCUCAUUUCCAAAAGCAUUGAUAAGGCAAAGAACUUAUUUGAAGAAGGGGGUGAUUGGGAAAGGAAAAAUCGUUUGAAGGUGUAUGAAGGCUUGUACUGCAUGUCCACUCGUAACUUCAAGAAAGCAGCCGAUCUUUUCCUUGAUUCUAUUUCAACUUUCACUACUUACGAGAUUUUUCCUUAUGACACAUUCAUAUUUUACACUGUCCUUACAAGUAUUAUAUCGUUGGAUAGGGUUUCUCUGAAGCAAAAGGUAGUGGAUGCUCCUGAGAUAUUAACAGUGAUUGGAAAAAUUCCAUAUCUGUCAGAGUUUUUGAACUCUUUAUAUGAUUGUCAGUAUAAAUCCUUCUUCUCUGCUUUUGCUGGCCUCACAGAGCAUAUCAAAUUAGACCGCUAUUUGCAUCCACACUUCCGUUAUUACAUGAGGGAGGUCAGAACUGUUGUCUACUCCCAGUUCUUGGAAUCCUACAAGAGUGUCACCAUUGAAGCAAUGGCAAAAGCAUUUGGGGUGACGGUGGAUUUCAUUGAUUUGGAGCUGUCGCGUUUUAUUGCAGCAGGGAAGCUUCAUUGCAAGAUUGAUAAAGUUGCUGGUGUAUUAGAAACAAAUCGCCCUGAUGCAAAGAAUGCUCUUUACCAAGCAACCAUCAAACAAGGGGACUUCUUACUAAACCGGAUUCAGAAGCUUUCUCGUGUUAUUGAUCUUUGAACUAGGCAAACAUUUCACUUUUGUUUUUUAAGCAUGAUUGCUCAAGUUUGUGGCUGACUACAUGUGUUGGUGCUUCUUAAUGAAAGAGUAGAAGACUGAUUUGAAUUAUUUUUCCCAAUCGAUAAAAAAUUCAGAUAAUUUGGAUUCUGGGGAUCAAUCUUUCUAUUAUUAUACCCACUUUUGAUGGGCGCUGUUUUAUAGUGAUUUGUGUAUCGGAAUAUGACAUGCUGCGAAAAUAGGCUGCAAUAUUCUGAAACAUUGUAAUGGGAUUCCAAAAACAGUGUCUUAUGCUUUAAGAGGUAAACAUGUUGCCCUUCGAAUGCCUCUGUCUUUACUUUUUCCUGAGAAGCCAUUAGGACUAUAAAGGACAGGGGGCUGUACGGUGAUGGCAG